AGGGUGGUCUAUAGCCCCCCCUGGAUUCUGAAAAAAAAUUAUUUUUUUUUUUUUUUUGGUGUACAAGAUUAAAAAAAAAAAAUUAGACCCCUCUAAAUAUUUUAGUACAUACUAAUUUAUUUUUAAAAAAUGAAAAUUAUUUUCAAAAAGUCAAAUGAAUACAUAAAAAAUAUUUUUAUCAAACUUUUUUAAUAACAUUUUAGUUUUAUAUUUUAUUUUAUACUUUAAUAUUACAUUUGUAAUAGACUAAUAGUUAAAUUAAUAGUUAGACACAAUACGUAUACAUUACAGUUUACACACAACCUAAGAACUAGUCAACUAGAAAGAAAAAAAAGCAUAGGAAAGGAAAAAAGCAUAUAUAGUCUCUGUUCUCUCACAUUCGCAUAGUCUCUGUUCUCUGAUUCUCUCGCAUAGUCUCUGGUCUCUGCUUGCUCUCUGCCUCUCUCACUUGCUUUCUGCGGCUCUGCCUCUCUGCCUCUCUCAGCUUUAAUAUCACCUUGAGUCCUUGAGGUUUGAUUUUAAUCUUCACGGUCUUGUUGAGUUAUCAAAAAAGUUAGUUCAAGUAAAGAAGCACAAGGUCUAUCCAUUGAUUUAUUUGCUUGUGAAAUUAGCUUUGAUUUUACCCGUAGCAACUGCAACUGUGGAAAGGGUAUUUUCUGCGAUGAAACAUGUUAAAACAGAAUUGCGGAACAGGAUUGGUGAUGAGUUGAUGAAUGACUGCUUGGUGGCGUAUAUUGAAAAGGAUGUAAUGAAUUCAAUUGAUGUUGAAGACAUUAUAGUGAGGUUUCAAAAUAUGGCACCUAGCCCCUAGGAGAGUGUUAUUGUGAAUUUGUAAGUUGUAACAAUAAUAUGUCAAAUUUAAUUAUAUAUUAUGUACCCAAAAAUUUUUUUCCCGGUGGGACUAAAAUCCAGCCCCCUCUGGACUUAAAUCCUGCAUACGCCACUGGUUUCAGCGUGGUUAUAUAAGUGUACAACAUGGCUUCACCACCACCUUAUAAAUCCAAUGCUCAUCAGAACAUGUUACAGGCUGCGGUGCAGGCGGUGAACUGGACUUACAGCCUCUUCUGGCAAUUGUCCCCCGAAAAACAACGGGUGCUGGUAUGGGGAGAUGGUUACUACAAUGGAGCGAUAAAGACGAGGAAGACGGUAAAUUCAGUGGAAGUGAGUACAGAGGAGGCCUCGCUGGAGAGAAGUCAGCAACUGCGAGAGCUUUACGAUUCUCUCUCAACCGGAGAUUUGAACAACCCUAGUCGGCGUCCAGCAGCUUUGUCCCCGGAGGACUUGACGGAAUCUGAAUGGUUCUAUCUCAUGUGCGUCUCUUUCUCUUUUCCUCUUGGUGUAGGGUUGCCUGGUAAGGCCUAUGUGAAGCGACAACACUUGUGGCUCAAGGGCGCAAACGAGGCCUCCAGUAAACACUUUACCAGAGCUAUUCUUGCUAAGAGCGCAGGAGUACAGACUGUGGUAUGCAUUCCUCUCCUAGAUGGUGUAGUUGAGCUUGGAACGACCGACAAGGUAGAAGAGAAGAUAGAGUUCAUCGAACAAGUGAAAAGUUACUUUAUUAACUGCAAUAAUCAGGCAACUCAUCCACCUAAGCCAGCUCUUUCCGAGCACUCCACCUCGAAUCUUAUCUCUCCUUCAAGGCUCGUUGAAAUGGAUGACGAUGAUGAGAAUGACGAUGAUAAUGAUGAUGACGACGAUGCAGGAGAAGAAGACGAUGAUGAAGGAGAUGGAAUUGAUGUUGAGGCUGAAGCAGCCCGGACUCCUACUCCUUUCGGUUCAGUAGAUCCACGCAAUGUGGUUGGUGAUAUAGAAGGUGAGCCUAGAUUGCAGGUAAUGUUGCAUCAUAUGUCCAAUGAUAAUAUUCAUCUCGGCUCCCCUGAGAGUGGUUCCAAUAAUCUGGACUCUGAUUUUCACUUGCUUAAGGUUAGCCAACCUGGGAUCCCAAUAGACCCGUAUGUUCCGGGGUCCAAGUGGAUCCAUGCACCACUCACAGCAGCUAUUACAGCUGAGGAUGAGUUGCUGGAAGAACAUAACCAUUACUCUCAAACAAUCACUACCAUCCUUCACAACCGCAACUUCUCAGGCCGUAGUUCCGGCACUUCCUCGGCCGUGUAUUCUAUACAUUCUCCCCAAUCCUCAUUCAGUAUCUGCACAGCUGCCGCGACAUCCAGAUCCCACCGCCACUCCAACAGAACAUCUCAAUAUCUCCUCAAAUACAUUCUGUUUACAGUCCCUUACCUCCACUCCAAAUCUCUCGACAACACGGCUGAGGAUUCGGUCAUGCUGCAGCUUAAGAAAUCUGCCUCACAGGAAGAGCUCAGCGCAAACCACGUGCUGGCUGAGCGUCGUAGAAGAGAAAAACUGAACGAGAGGUUUGUGAUACUGAGAUCACUAGUACCCUUUGUGACUAAAAUGGACAAGGCAUCUAUUUUAGGCGACACCAUAGAGUAUGUGAAGCAGCUUCGUAAAAAGAUACAUGAGCUGGAGGCACGCGAACAUCAUGUGAAUGAAGAUGCUGAUUGUGUUGAUCAACGACUGGGGAACCGGGGUGACUCACGCAGGGAUAAGAGGAAGAUGAGAGUGGUGGAGCAGGGAGGUCGCAGAGUGGUGAAAGCAGCAGAGGUGCAGCAGGAAACGACAAUGGAAGUGUCCAUAAUAGAGAACGAUGGGCUGGUGGAGAUCAAGUGUCCUUAUAAGGAAGGAUUGUUGUUGGAUGUGAUGAUGAAGCUGAGGGAGUUUCGGAUGGAGAUCACGGCUGCUCAUUCCUCUUCUUCAAGUAACGGUGGAUUUGUAGCGGAGCUGAGAGCUAAGGUGAAGGAGACUGUUAAUGGGAAGAAGGCAAGCAUAACAGAAGUGAAGAAGGCGAUGAAGAAUAUCAUUCCGUCACACCCUUAAAGAAUUUGUAGAACACAGAGGAAACGUCGCAGUAAUAACUAUGCAUUUACCUGAUGAGUUACUAGGUUAAUUCAGAUGGAGAGGGGCUGAAACUUCCAGUGUCAUCACUCAGGGUUGCUUGUUAUUACAUUGUUAUAGGACUUAGGCUCAGCUCACAUAACUGCAUAGAGUAGAACCUCAUGAAAAAUAUAAAAGCAACCUGUGACAAUUAUAUUAUUACUACAGCAGAUGAUAUCAAACAAAAAUACAUUGUACUUAA